AUGCGCUAUCAAACUCUACGAAGCUUCACCUCCCUCAAACACCAACCCUUCCCUUUCAGGCACAUAGCCUCAUCCUACCCUGUCCGUGCCCAUUCAAGUUUCACGUCUAGGACUCUUCGUUUCCCGGGUUCCAAAGCACUCCGAGCUGCUCCGACGAUCCCCUUUUUGGGCGCGUUCUUUACCUCUAAUAGCAAAGCCGAGGAGCCCUCUGACAGCAUGUCGUACCCCGACCAGCGAAGCGAUGACCAGUGGAGAGCGGUGUUAAGUCCCGAUCAAUUCCGCAUUCUUCGCGAAAAAGGCACCGAGCGCGCCGGCACCGGCGAAUACGAUUCUCACUAUCCGUCCGAGGGGGUGUACAACUGCGCCGGAUGUGACACUCCGCUCUACAAGGCGAGCCACAAGUUUAAAUCGGGCUGCGGCUGGCCCGCCUACUUUGACUCCAUUCCCGGCGCAGUCACCCGCCAUGUCGACAACACGUUUGGGAUGAAGCGCACGGAGAUCGUGUGCAGUAACUGUGGAGGCCAUCUCGGUCAUGUCUUUGAGGGUGAGGGGUAUCCGACCCCGACCGAUGAACGGCAUUGUGUCAACAGUAUCAGUUUGCGGUUUACCGAAGACGAGGGCAAGACGGGCGAGGGACAGAAUGCCAAAGCCAAGGCUUAA